CGUUUGCUGUAGUUUGAUGUUUUUCUCUGCUUCCUUCAUAGUGAAUGAAGAUGACCUACUCUGCAGAGGAUUUGAUGUCCAACCAAACAUACACCAUGGAGAUGUUCAACCAAUCAUACACCACAGAGAUGUCCUACCCAGAAUAUGACUAUAAUGGCAGUGGGUUGUUCGAACCUUGUUCUUUUCAGAAAAACCAGAGUGUGGCGGAGGUGAUCGGCCCAUACAUUCACUCCAUCAUCUGCAUCCUGGGCCUCAUAGGAAACAGCCUGGUCAUUGUCACCUACGCCUUCUACAAGAGGACCAAGUCCAUGACUGACAUCUACCUGUUCAACGUGGCCAUCGCCGACCUGCUGUUCGUGCUGGCGCUGCCAUUCAUCGUCUACAAUGAGCUGUGGUCGUGGCCGAUGGGGCAGGUGGCCUGCAAGCUGCUACGCGGCUCCUACAGUGUGAACCUGUACAGUGGCAUGCUGUUACUUGCCUGCAUCAGCACCGACCGCUACAUCGCCAUCGUCCAGGCUCGGCGCAGCUUCAGACUGCGCUCGCUGUCAUACAGCCGCAUCAUCUGCGCUAUCAUCUGGAUCUUCGCUAUACUUGUGUCCGUCCCCACCUUCUACUUCUACCACCGGUAUGAGCCGUCACACACCAAGGGCUUCAUGUUGGACCAUGAUAACCAAACCCAGAGCUCGACUCCUGAGUAUGUCUGUGAGUUCAAGUUUGAAGACAAAAAAAGAGCCAAGGAGGUGAAGGUGGCCGUCCCCAGCACCCAGAUCAGCGUGGGUUUCUUCCUGCCACUCUUCAUCAUGAUUUUCUGCUACAGUGCCAUCAUCGUCACCCUGCUGAAGGCCAAAAACUUCCAGCGGCACAGAGCGGUGCGGGUGGUGCUGGUGGUUGUGGCUGUUUUCAUCAUCUGCCACCUACCCUACAACAUAGUGCUCCUGUACGACACGGCCAACCUGUUUCGGGAGCGCCCAUGUGGUGAGGCAGACAUAGUGGAGAUGGCCCUGACAGUGUCACAGACCAUUGCUUACAUGCACUGCUGCCUGAACCCGGUGCUGUACGCCUUUGUGGGGGUGAACUUCAGGAACCACUUCAGGAGGAUCUUCAGGGACCUGUGGUGUCUUGGAAAGAAGUACAUGGCUCCACGCCGCUUCUCCAGAGUCACCUCCGACUUCUACAUGUCCUCCACUCGGCGCUCAAUGGACGGGUCCAGCAACAGUGGCGCUUCUUUCACCAUGUGAAGACAUUUAUGGGUUCAUCUCUGAAGCUCCAGGUCUCUAACAACGAACCCGAUUCACAUCUGUUGCACCAACAAGAUUCUUCAAGAUAACCCCAUGCUGCACCUCUUGCUCUACUUCAUUUUUUAAAUCUUGAAAUAUUCCAACUCCUGCAUUUUCUUUCUUUUGUGUUUAUUUCGUGAGUGAUGACUGAAGACGAGUCUCCCGCAAAGCCUCCUGCUGUCUGUACUACACAAAUGAAGCUGAGAGCUCAUCAUCUCCUGCAGCUGCAGAUGAUGAGCUCUAAGCGAGGAUAAGAGUGACCUUGAAGAGUUUCUCUGACUGAUGUGUUCCUGAAAAGACUGAUGGCGACUUGAAACUUCGUGUCCUCUGAAGUUCUCAGAAAGGAUGCUGAAACAGACUCUGAUGUUCAGUCCUGCACAGCUGAAUUAUUCCUAUGCUCAGGUAGCCAUGUAACCUGCAUAUGCACCAAUAAUCAGCUGCCUCGCCAUUGAAUUCCUCCUCCCACAGGUGAACUACGCCCCCUGGUCCUGGUUCUGCUCAUGAACCAGUUCUCCACCUACUGCAGCUUCUUGUUAGAGAGACCCUCCAGAACAGAACCAGAACUUAACCCACUGUAAUCAUCAGUACUAAGAACCCCGACAGCGAGCACAUGAAUUUUCAAAUUAAGAGUGAGAGGGAUUGUCCAAACCACAACACACCUGGUCAGCUCGCUGUGGUAACCUCAGACCAAAACCUUGAAGAUCCCUUUGGUCCCCCAAACGUCGUCAGACUGGAAACCAAUAUGUUUGGUGAAAAUGUCUGUGAUUGCUUUGUGGAAACUUUCAAUGAGCUGUUUUUACUGGAAUUACUGCCGGCUGCCGCCCAUGGAUGCAGAUUCAUAAAUGAUGGCCAGCAUGGUCUGAAGUACUGGUCAUCAGGGUCAGGGGUCAGGCUUAGAGUUUGUUGCAGCCAGAUGAUCAAUGUUACAGUGAAUCUGUCAUGUAAGUGUCACACAGUAAAAGAUAUCGAUAAAAAGGGAGGAGCCUUACCCUGACCCCAGGCAUGUUUUAAAUCCUUUUUUAACAUUUUGUACUUAAGAAUUUUUUUAUGUUAAUUUGCUGUUUGCCAUUUCAUUCAUAUCAGAGCUGUGUGAGUAGUCUGCAUUGAUGCAAAUGUGUAAUCCUAAUCUGCUCACGGGUGAUUUCCAGGAUUAAGAAUUGAAACUUUUCAGAGGUUUUCACAUCCUCAUUUAAGUCGUGAUGAAAUUCAGUUUUUCAGUUUUAAUUUCCUCUCAAUGCUCAAACAUUUAGAAAACGCUUUUCUUUAUAUCCAACUCUCAUUUGUUGUGAUUCCUAUCAUUCUUCUUUUUUAACUUCCUGUUCAUACCUGAGUUUAUUUUUAUGACAAUGAAUGUAUCCUGUGAAUGUAAUAUUACAUCUUAGC